GUUAGAAACGAAGUGCGUUUUCCUUUUAUACUCGGUUUGGUACUUUUUGUUCAAGCAAACGUUGAUUCCUAAAACCUUUACAGAUUUGUGAAACUCAAAAUUUUUAAGUAAGCAUCAGUGAUGGCGUCGGAGGAGUUAAAUGGUCGUCCUUUAAAAUCUGAUGCCCUAAAAUUGAAAGAAACAGCUAUCAGUACUGAUCAAAGCACUCUGAUGGGUAGUGAUGCUGGUCACGAAGAUGGUGCGACGAUAACGUGCUUCACUGAGGAUAUGAAUAAUACUACUUUUCAUAUUCAAAUCAUAAAGCUUCAUAAACAGAUAUACGCAUGGAUUGGCUGCAACUCAGCUAAAUUUGGUCAUUUAUAUGCAGCUGCCCCUACUAGACCUAGUAAUACAGUGAGUGUGACUUCCAUUCUUGGAGGUGCUUCAGAUAACACCGGCUCAAGCAUUUCUCGCCACUUAGCUCUGAAGUGCGGUGUGAACAUAAUUUUGGCUUGCAAUAUCCCUAAGAACAGCCCAUUGCUUGAGGCUGAUGCUGAGAAAAUACUCGUGCAGAAGCUAAUAAGUCUGGGAUACACAAGACCAAAAACGAGUCUUCCAGCUUCCAUGGUUGGUGUUCACUAGCUUCACUGUUUUUGUAAACUUACCUCAUAUAUCUAAUCUAUUUGUAAGGUGGAAGAGGACCGUUGUACAAUGAACAGUGUAGUUUUAAUGACUGCGACCAAAAUUGAGGUAUACAGAAAUUGACAAACACCAUCAUACUAACCGGAUUCUGUUGUGGAUUGCUCUUCUUUGUUUAUGCAAAAAUGGCUAAGUAUUCCUUCAUGUGAUUUGAUUAUUUAAAUUUCAUUUAUUACAUUAUUGG